AUGCCUGGACCUGGGGACAUCACUCGACGUCCGCCCACAAGUAGCAGCAGCGCUGACGAGGAGCUUAAUGAGAGAGCUUGGUUUUCUACUGGUAGUAAGGAUUCCCCGAAUGGAGCCAUCACUGAUGGAAAUCAUGUCCAGAAGCACAUAUUGCCCACAACAGUCGAUUUGUGCCAAACCACUAAGGAUAAUGAGGUAUUGGGGUUCAGUGAGCCAGAUAGUAGCACUGGGUCCAUGGCCAUGGAGGGAGAGGCUGAUAUGCUGGUUCAUGCAAUGAAUGGAUUUAUCCUAGUUGUCCAGCAAGAUGGUCAGGUGAUGUUUGCCUCACCUUCUAUUCAAGAAUACCUCGGCUUUCAGGAUGCUGAUGUGAUGCAUCAGUGUGUGUAUGAUCUUAUUCAUAAAGACGAUCGCAACAGCUUCCAGCAGCAGCUGACCUAUAAGAACACCCAUGAGUACAUGGAUGACAUGGAGUCUACAGAUCUCAAGACCUCAUUGGAGCGGAACUUCACGGCUCGCUUGCGCUGCCUGCUUGAUGAAUCAUCUGGAUUUCUGAACCUACAUGUUACUGGUCGAUUAAGACCUCUCUAUGGUCAGCGCAUUCGUGGUGAUGAUGGCAUUCCAGUUGACUUAGAUCCACCAGAGAUGGCGCUGUUUGCCAUCGUUUGCCCGCUACAGCAGCCCUCUAUCAUGGAAAUCUACGUCCGCAAUAUGAUCUUUCGCACUAAGCAUCAGCUCAACUUCAAACCCAUCACCUUAGACAGCAAAUCUGAAGAAAUCUUGGGCUACAAUGAAGCAGAAUUCAAGACGGUAGCUGGAUACCAGUACCUGCACUAUGAGGACAUCAUCUACUGCUCAGAGAUGCAUAGUUCAUUGGUGCGUAAAGGCGAAAGUGGGUUCAUCUACUUCCGGCUGAUGACAAAGAAAACCAAAUGGUUGUGGGUCCAGGCUAAAGGGCGAGUCAUCUACAAGAGUGGUAAACCAGACUACAUUGUGUCCACACACAGACCAAUGAGUGACCAAGAAGGAGAUCAACAUUUAAAUGCACGAGGAGAGCCAUUUAAAUUCCCCUUCCAUGGCAAUGCAGAGCUAUAUGAUUGCAACCCACCAUACCCUCCAAUUCCUAUCCCAAGAGCUAUUCUUGAGGGUAGAGCCAAGUUCCCUGCCAAUUUCCCACCAUUCACUGGGGAUGGCCCCCCUCCUGGUUUUCCAGCUGGGGGUCUACCUCCUGGCUUUCCAGCGGGAGGUCCACCUCCUGGCUUUCCACCUUUCCCUGGUGAUGGACCACCACCCGGUUUCCCUGCAGAUGGUUUCCCACCUGGAGGUUUCCCACCAGGCAGGCUUCCUCCAGGAUUCGACCCUCACUCACAAAUGCCAGCAAGUUUGGAUCUUCCAGGGAUGUCCACUCGCCAAGAAAGAAGACCCAAGCUUGUUGCCAGGCGGCAGCUCACCAAGCCCCAGCACGGCACUCCACCCCCAAAUGUCACAGUGAACCCCUCCAAUGGAACCAUAAGUUUCAACCCAAUGUCCAGAAUAUCACCCAAGGUGUCUUCAUCAGAGGCGACUCCACAAGCUCCUCCACAACAGCUGCCUCAGCCUUAUCGCUCUACAACCCAGGAGGAACACCUCCAGCAAGAGCUCAAAAAAUUCACUAAAGCCUUCCAGGAUGUCAGUAUGCGAGAAGAAGCUAAUGCAAGAGCCUUGUCUGACAGGGAUCAAAGCAACAUGUAUGCAACGCAAAACAUGCCCACAUCUUUGGAAGGUCUCACUAUGAGCAGUCAGAUUGAUCUUAGUCAACAUGGCAGCCAACAUACUCUGGAUUGCAGCUCAGUUAGCCUUGAUACCAUUAAUCCCAUGAUUAACUCCAUGGAUUCUGAACUAAAUGAAUUUGACACUGAUUGGAUAGUCUUGAAGACAUCUCCACAAAGGGAGAAUGACUUUAGCCAAAGUUGUGCUAUGGUGUCUUCGGCUACACCUAACCAGGCAGUAUCCAGUGCUUCCUCUAACCCUUACUCCUGUCUGCAAGGCGUAAAUGUUGGCAACCCUAAAACUUCCUACAUCACAUCAGCACCCACAUCAAACACACCAAGAAAUGCCUCUACAAAUCUGCGCAACUGGGAUCAGCCAUCAACAAAAUGGUCUUCUAACCCCAUGUCCGAUAACAGCGUUGGCGACAUUGAACUGGGUUCAUCUACAAAGUCUAUCCCAUCUUUCAGUGAUGCCCUAGCCCCCAUCACCUUUGACGAGCUCAUCCCAACUCUUACGCCCAACGAAAAACAAGAACAAAUGGCUAUGCAGAGACUUAAUGGUGAUAACCUUGGGUUCAGAUGUGAACCUGAGCCCACUAAGCCAGUGUCAAUGCUGAUAGUAAACCCCAUGCAUCAAGCUCCUCCCGGGCUCGAUGAUGCAUCCAUGUGUGCUGGACAACAGUUCCCCGUAUCCCUUCCCUUUUCUCAGUCAUCAAAUACACCUCAAAUACCUCCAAUACAAAGAAAUGGCGGGCUAGACACCGGCCAUGAUUCCUUUACCAUGGUGGAUUUUCCCAGCAUUAGUGAUGAGAUGUCUCCUGUGAGCCAACAGUAUGACAGCAUGAGCACCACACUGUCUGACAGUCCUUUCAGUCCUACUGGAAACCCCAGCGACUUACCAGCCAACUGGCUCCACCAAAGUGUCAACAGUCCGCCCGAUAUCAAAUAUCCACUGACAGACGAGCAACUUCUCACAUUAACAAGUCAACAGAAUGGUUUCCCUGCAAUGAAUGCAAUUCCCCAGCACAAUGGUGUCACCCCAUCAAGCUGGCUGCAGCAGCCAACUAACCAAGGUACCUUAACCCAUCAACAGCGACAGCAUUACCGUCAGCCACACAAUAUGGGCAGUCCCAGGCAGGCCUUUGCUCCAGACAACACCUUCAAUCAAUUAUCUCAAGUCAUGGUCCACGGAAGCCUGACAGAGCAGAAUUUUUCCAACCAAGAGCAAGUGCAUCCAGUCCUGAAUCAAGGAAACCUUUCACAGCAGCAGCGAAGACAAAUCAUCAAUAACUUGAAGGGUCAGUCUAUGCAGCCACCAGCCUACCAAGCUGUGUAUGAGAAUACAAUGGUAACAGAGAAUACUUUGCUGACUGGAGCUAAUGGAUACAAUGGGCUUAAUGGAGAUCAGGAGGUCAUACUUAUGCAACAGGAAUAUGCAACUAUGAGAGGAAACUAUGGAGCCCAGCCUUCAGCUUACCAGCAGUUUCAACAACAACAACAACAACAACAACAACAACGACAGCAGCAGCAGCAACAACAACAACAACAACAACAACGACAGCUGCAGCAGCAACAACAACAACAACAACUACAACAACAGCAGCAACAACAACAUCAUCAUCAUCAGCAGCAACAACAGCAACAGCUGAAUUUCAAACCUGACAUCCUUCAAACAACCAAUAUUCCUGAGCAGCUUUAUCUCAACAAUGUUCCGUGAUGUCUUUUGAAAGCCCUGCCAUACUUCAAAGCUUGAUGUUCUUCGGGAUGCAACCAAAGUAAAUCAAAUUACUUAAUACAUGUAUUUAAGUCUGGUAUAAAGGUUAGAUAGGGUUAGCAUUUGUUUCAGAGAUUCUGUUGAUGGGAACACAAACAGGUGCUUUAUGUUUUCAUCAAUUUUUUUCUCUAAGUUAAUGGAAACACAACCACAAAUUUUGAUCGUUAACUGCAUCUUUUCCCCUCCCCCAUUUUAGUUACAUUGUGAGCUGAAAGAUGUUUUUCUACUUCCAGCUCAAAAGCCAGUACACAUUGGUGUGUAAUUUUACCUUGAACCUUUUUUGGAUUGUAUAUCAUCAUUUCUUAAUUCGACUGUUUGGUUUGCAAAACACAAACUUCGCAAAUAAAUACUUGCAUAAAAACUAGUUCAAUAACCUGUUUCCUGUGAGCACCUGUUGGUUGUUCGAGCCAGUCUUUUCAAAGGGGUGUGGUUUAUGGUGGAACGAAGUCACACUUACCAACAGGAUGGAGCAAGUUGGAGUGGGCACAUUUAGUCUACCCCUGGUUGACUACCGACCAGCAACUUACAUGCGCUGUGACGCACUCACUCGAACGACUCAUUUGGAAGUCUAGUCAACCUUCCACCUUGUCGCUAUAGUGUCACUGAUUCCCCUCUGCGCUUUACACAUGUUAGAAUGGAACAUGCUGUUGGGUUCAGUGAAGAAACCUGGGGAUUCGAGGCUGGUUCCAAAUGGUUGACCACAGUAGUCAACUAAUGGUUGACCAGCCUGGGUUUGAGUGCAAAUGGUCAACCUUUAGUUAACCAAUUGUGCACACACGAACUUGCUCAUGGUUGUCAGUUCAGGAUUAUUUCCCAUACUCAAAAAAUGUUUGUUGCAGAGAGUGUGUUUCCCACCCACCCAAAUGUCUUCAUACUUGAACACACUAUUUUUCUCUUGUACUAAAGUACCCCUUUCAAUUCUCUAAAAUAAUUCCUGAGGUUUUCAGAACACAAUUAAAGACACUGGACACUAUUGGUAAUUGUCAACGACCAGUCUUCUCACUUGGUGUAUUUCAAAAG